CAGGAAGGGCAUCGCGCGGUCCUCGCGGGCAGACGCGCGAGUGUUCGGCAGGUCGGCAUCAUGAGCGGUGGUCUGGGGGGCAUGACGGCGGAGCAGCUGCUGCAGCAGCGGCUCCUCCGCAGCCGCCUGCGGAGCUCUCAGCAUCAGCAGCAGGCGGUGCCGCCGCCGCACCACCAGGCGCUCAUCCACGGCCACCCGGGCCUGGGCGUAGGCGGCCCGCUGCCUCCUCCGCUACUGCCGCCGCCGUGCCCGCUCUCGCCGCCGUCGCCGCCUGACUCGCCUCCGCCAGGCACGACGCCCGCUGAGAUCCCCGCGGGCCCGCGCUACCCGAGCGAAACCUGGUGCUCCCUAUGCCGCGUCUACUGCCCGGAUCCGGUGUGCCUCCCCUGUGGCCACAACUUCUGCACGGCCUGCAUCGGGCAACGCCUGGGCGAGCCCAAGCUCAACAUCUCCUGCCUGGAAUGCGGCGCAACAGCCCGCAAGAGGAACCUGCGGCCCAUCAAGCCUCCGCCGCUGUUGGCCAGCCUGGUAGUGGAGAGGCCCAAACGGCAGAGGCUAGACUCGGCCCCCACGGGAGCAGCAGUGGCGGCGGCACCUCCACUACAGGCACUAGCGCCACCGCCAGCAGCAGUCUCGGCCCCGCCGCCCCCAGCGGCGGCGCCCGCGCCGCCGCCGCCGCCUCCGCUGCUGCAGACGCCCGCGCCGCCCACUCCUCCGUCGCCAGCAGCAACAGCGGCAUCAUCAGCCACUUUGGCCACAACAACAGCCCCCCCGGCCACAGCAGCGACAGCAGAGGCCGCCCCGGCCACAGCGGCGACAGCAGAGGCCCCCCCGGCCACAGCGGCGGCAGCAGCGGGCCCCCCAGCGGCAGCAGCGGGCCCCCCGGCCACAGCGGCGGCAGCAGCGGGCCCCCCGGCCACAGCGGCGGCAGCAGCGGGCCCCCCGGCCACAGCGGCGGCAGCAGCGGCAGCGCGCCCCUCGAUCUCAGCAGCGGGCCCCUCGAUCUCAGCGGCGGGCCCCCCAGCGGCAGCAGCGCGCCCCUCGAUCUCAGCAGCGGGCCCCUCGAUCUCAGCGGCGGGCCCCCCAGCGGCAGCAGCGCGCCCCUCGAUCUCAGCAGCGGGCCCCUCGAUCUCAGCAGCGCGCCCCCCAGCGGCAGCAGCGGGCCCCUCGAUUUCAGUAGUGGCCCCCCCAGCGGCAGCAGCGACAACAGCGGGCCCCUUGGCAGCAGAGUUUCCCCUGCACACAACAGCGGCUCCCGCGGCCGCAGCAGCGGCAGGAGAGGCCCCCCCGGCGGCGGCAGCAGCGGCUCCCCCGAAACGGGCGCCCGUGACAACAGGAGGAGGGGGAGACGCGAGCGGAGGGAGGCUGUGUGAGGUACACCGGGAAGUGCUUCAGUUUUUCUGCGAGGAGGACCAAACUCCGAUAUGUGCGCAGUGCGAUCGAUCCCAGGAGCACCGUGCUCACACCAUCUUCCACGUGGAGAGGGCAGCCCGGGACUACAGGGAGCGGGUUCAAACUCAACUAGAGAUUCUAAAACAAGAGAAGAACACGUUGUGGAGUCAGAAGCUGAUUGGAGAGAUGAAAAUCCAGGAAUAUACAGAGAAGGUCCAAGCUGAGAGGAAGGAGAUUUUAUCUGAAUUUGAGCGCUUGCACCAAUUUCUGAAAGAUCAGGAGCAGCGCCUGCUAACCCAGCUGGAAGAACUUGAUAAACAGCUAGCGAAACAAAAGAAUGAAUUGAUCACCCAUAUCACAGAAGAGCUUUGCCGUGUUGGUAGAGUGAUUGCCGAGAUGGAGGUGAAAUGUAGGCAGCCAGCAAGCGAAUUUUUGCAGAUGUACUUCCAGGUCCUUCAGCCUGACCUGAAGGCUGUUGCGAAGCUGGCCUGGAUGACCCCAUUCCUUCAGGUUCAUGUCGGGACACAUCGGGUAUGGCUGCCAUGCAGACCUCUAGGUCUUCCUGUGGUCUGCUCCGUGGUGAACAUCAAUUAUAGCUAUUCCAAGGAUGGGAGGCUGGUUUGUUUUUUAAAACCGAGCAGCACCUCCUGCGCACUUGAUCUCUUGGCACAGAACCAUUUUUUAAUUAUUUUGCAACCACAUCCCCCACCUCUUGUCUUGGAGCAAACACCAGAUGUUCCACCUCUGGGAUCACAGGACAUUAAAAAAAACAUGAGCAGGUGUCUACCAGGGCAGUUUCCGUCAUCUGAUGAAGCGUGUUCCAAGCUGGAGAAGAGACUGGAAGACAUCUCUCGGAAAGGAGCAGCUUUGAAGGAAACGCUAAACAGAUUCCAAGAUAAUAUUAGAUAUGCUGUGGACAAAGGAGAGACUGUGAAAACACUGAAUGAUAAAGUGAAUAUGGCUCUUGAUGUACCAAGUGCUCUUCUGUCUCUGGACCAAAGAAACAUGGGAUAUGACGAGCCCCGGCACAGGCUGCCUGCCCUGGAAUACGUCCCUGAUGUGCCAAAAAAUUUGGAUUCCAGGGCUUUGGUUCUGGGCUGUGAUGGAUUUACCUCUGGGAGAUACUUCUGGGAAUUGGAAGUGGGUGAUGGGGAAUUCUGGGCAGUGGGGGUCACCCGAGAUCCUGCAAAGAAAAAAGGGAUGAUGGACUUCAGCCCAGAGGAGGGGAUCUGGGCUGUGGGGCUCUGGAAGGGCCAACACUGGGCUCUCACGUCCCCUGUGACAGCCUUGUCCCUCAGCCAGCACCCAAGGAGGAUCCGAGUGUCCCUAGACUAUGUGGGGGAGUGUGUGACCUUUACUGAUGCAGACACAGACGGCCCCAUCUUCACCUUCCCACCAGCCUCUUUCAAUGGAGCGCGAACCCACCCCUUGCUGUGGGUUGUAGGGUUCCCAGCUCAGUCAGUGUUCCUGAGACGCAUGGGGGUGAAGUACCCAACUGGGGUUCAUGAAAUGGAUGUCCUGAGUCCAUGAUUUUAACUUCUUAGCCAUGGGCCCAGUGGGAAAAAAGAGAUACAUCUCAAGCCCACUGAAAUGGAGCAGAGAGUUGAGCUAUUUGGAAGCAAGGAAUUGGGAAGUUUUUUCUUUUUAAGUUCUCAUGUGUUGGAGGGUAUAAGGAGAUCUUAGUGCUAAGGUCCCAAGAUGUUGCCCUAGGGUAUAGCACAAGACCUGGGAAGAGUAGAUAAGCAGGCCUUGGCAAACAGCAUCUCUCUUAGGACAUCCUCCUGUAUAUAAGGGAUUGUCAUGACUCCUUUCUAGUAGUAGGCUCAGACUUGUUCAAUUUGAAAACUUUUAGCUAUUAAAAUUUUACCUAUAUUUUCAGUCUGUUCCGAUUUAACUUUAUGAUUUCAUUUUAAAAAAAAAUGCCUGCAUGCAUUUUAGUAUUAAAACCUACCAGCUUAUGUUCUACAGCAAGAAAUGGCUUCACAGUUACACUUCAUGGCAAAAGAUGUUUUGAAUACCAUAACAGCCUGUGGUCAUUCCUAGCGCAGAGGUGAUUAUUUUGAAUUGAGCAUCCUCAGAACUUACGGAUACGAUAGCUUUUUAUCUUUUUCCUGGUUUGGCUGAUGAUGAAGCUCACGUUUUCUCUUCUGCAGCUAAGGAGAUGAAAAGGGCAAAUCUUUGCCAUGAUAAAUGGGGUUCUGAUUUUUCCUAAAAGUGAAAUACACAUAGUGUCUUAAAGCUUGUGUUUGAAAUCCUAGGGCAAUAAUUGAGACAACUACAUUAUGUAAGAACACAGAAACGUGUGUAGUGUUUUCUUCAAUACAUUUCGCUGUCUGCUUUUGUAGUAUCUGACUUUUUCCUCAGUGAGCAGCUUUGUCACCACUGUUGCAUCGCAUGUUUUUAGAGUGGCUGGGAGCCGCUAUCCAAAGAGUGCUGUGCCAUUUUUGCACACCGUUUACAAAAAAUAAACCUUGUUUUAAUGGAGCCAA